AAAUUCAUUCGCUCACGUAUGUACUGCGCCGGGGUAACGCGCGCGCUUUCGCCGCCCCGUUGCAUUGGUCUUAAUUCGCCUGUGGAUGAUUUCCGCAUCCAGCCCUUCUACUACUUCGGCAGUAAGAAGACCGAGACUACAUGCAGCGGGACGGAAAGCGCUGACGCCGGAGGCCCAAUUAUCACUACGCAAGAUCUCCAUGAAGACCGGGGUUCGCGUGGCCCCAGUACACUGGCGCAAACUCAGAAGAACAGUUCUUUGAUUCAUACACCGCAACUAGGAAUCACUAGAAGAGAUCUUGGUCCCACUGGUGGAGCGACAUCCUCAUCUGUGAGUUUGGAAGGUGGACCACGGCCCGCAGGGGCGAAAGCAAGAAAUCACGACCCUUCUCAGGAUGAGAGAAUCAUGCUGAAACCGGGUAAAGGAAGCCCCCAACGGCGGCGACUCAGGCAGUUCGGGAUCGGCAAGUUCCGCCACAUGCCUUCUUACUACGACGAACAGCCAGGUUAUGAACGUAACCACCAAAAUGAGCCACGUCCACCUAUAAUCGACUCGCUUCUCGUAGCUUUAGAGAGACGGCUAGCUAGGAUCAUAGAUGACUCAAACUGUUUCAUACUGCGAGAGAGUAUACGAGAAUUAGUGGCCACAGAGAACAGAGAUUGUAUUAAUUUGAUGUAGUCGGAGAUUUUGAUUUUCUGACUCUCUCUCCCUUUCAUGUCGUAGUUCGACCCGUCGCAAAAAAGGCAAAGCCGAAGCACCUGCAGACGCAGCGCGUCCACGAGACGGAGAGUCUGCAUUUAGUGGAGAAUCCCUUCAGCACCGGCACUUCGCAGUGGAUGCACGUGCGAAGACCGCAGGAGUUUUUUCGGCAUACGCAGGUUGCACCUUUUCUGGGCAACGAAAAGUACCAGGACCAGUUCAAAUUUGGUCUGCAGAGCUCUAGUUUUGUAGAAGACUGGCUCGGGAUGUGGGGGGAGAUCCACGGUCGGCGAGCCACGAUAUCCACUGGGGCGCAUCGGGCGAAAGAAGGAGAAGCUAGCGGUAGCAUGGAGAUGGGAAGUAGCAUGGAGGCGGCGAUGGCGACAAAUAGCAUUUACCUAUCGGUGAUGCGCGGUGGGGCAACUGGAGCAGGGGUCGGGCAGCAUCCCAAGAGCGCAGGCGCAGCGCGUCCGCCGACCCGCGCUGUUUCGUCAGGGCGAAGCAGAGGCCGUCGUGGAUCCCUGUCUGCGAAUAGGCAUCCGGACAGGCAGAAAUCGGCAGGUGCAACGCAAGUCGCAGGUGGCCCCUCAAGCGCCCGCUCGAAGCAUGAGGGUGCUGCGGAAGGAGCAUCGAGUGAGGCAGGAAGAGGUAAGCGACCUGAGACUGAGGGCGUGGCUGAGCGCGAUCUUAGUGCUGCCAUUAGAGGCGACGAAACUGUGACCGCAGCCCCAGCCGCGAGGGAAGCGACCGCAGCCACUCGGCUUCUUGACGAGCAUAUGGGAGGCUCUGGCGAUUUGACAGACUCAAGCAAGCAACUGACAACAAGCACACUCCUGCAAGCGCCCUCACGGCCUAGCAGUAUGGAGUUAUCAGAGAAAAUAUGUAUACUGGGCAGACCAGAGAGUGCGCCGGCAGUAUCACCUGUGAAAAAGAGGAGUACCGCAAGCGUGGAAGCCACGAAAGACUGGGUGCAGAACAAGGAAAUAACAUCGCCCGGACGAGGCGGGGGUGACGGCACAAUCUCCUCUACAGUCUACACCGAGGCGGAGAACCCAACCGCUCGACACCUUCGCAGAGGGAAUUAUGGUGUGGUAGUGACGGAGGGCGAUGCAGCUAGUUCAAAGGGUCCGUCUCCAGCCGGGUCGCAACAGCUAAAUGCAACGUCCUCUAGUACGACGAGAAAUGGGCGGAAGAGAAGUACAGGGCCAAACACGAACCAGUCCGCAAGUGCCACUCAAUUGCUGAAGAUCAAUCCGCUGUCUGCGGGUCUCGAUUCCUUGGAGAAGCAAGUGCGUGACGAACAAAGCGCAAAGCCGCGUGUCGGGUAUGUUUCAGCACAUGGCUCGUCGCUUUCGAUACUUCAGGAGACCCAAUCCUUGCAGGAAAAGAACGCGCCACGACCGCGAAUGCUAGCAGGGAAGCACGCCUUUCCGCGGGGUCCGGACAACUGGGCCGAGGUGUCGCUGGACAUGGCUCCCAAAUUCGAUUUCAGCCGCAUUUAUCCCAAAAACGGCGGACGCAGGAAUCGACGUGAGGAUAUUCGCGCUUUGGCUCAUGAUAUGGCGGUGGACCGCUGCCGCGCGCGGAUGCCGCCCCCCGAGUUCUUGCCAGAGCUCAGUUUCAACAGAACGUCACGAUGAAGAGAACGACAUUUACAUGCAGUUCUUUUCUCGCCUAGAAAUAGAUUGAUUGUUUACCAGACAGGAUUCAUGACUACUAGUACUUACCAAGAAAACACAAUCACAGUCUCAGUCUCAGUAAUAGUUCACAGAUCUUCAAUGCCAUUUCUAAUUUAAAUUGAGACAUCAUCAUCAGACUACAGACAACAUGAAGAGAAACAGAUAAUAGAACCAUUUCACUGUAGCAGAAACGGAUAGCCGGAAGUAUGCCAUCAAUAAUAUCCAAGUUACCUAGUUGAAGCAGAUUCAUGAAGAUCAAAGAUGGAGUACAAGAAUCAAUCGCAUGUUGAACUCUAGGAAAUGUUGCACAAAAAUCCUGAGUUGCAAUGAAGAAGUCUUCAAAUUUCGACUAUUGACAACGUUUUAAUUAUCCCGUGUGAUCUCCUUUUUUUUCUGCUGUCGUGCCAACGGCGAUGAUUGACGUUUUGCAUGGCCAUAUCGAUAGGAUAGAUAUUCAUAAAAAUGAACUUUUUUCCAGAUUGACAAGCACCAAAGAGAUAUUUGGCAUUUUUCAUGAUCAUAGCCACUUAGUUAGUUGUUAGGACGCUGCUACGACGCAAGUAUAAAAGUAAUGAUAAAUAUAUAUUCGAACACAACUUAGAAGGCACAAGUGGAUGCGUUAGCUGCAGCGGCAAUAGACUCUGUCAGUGGUCUUCUUUACAGUUCCACUCCCUCUAGAAAUUUUGACUUUGAAAAGUCCUAGGUAUAUCUCAUUAUAUAUAAUCGAAAUGAACAGCGACUGUAGUUAAUGCAAAAAGCAGAGAGAUAGCGACUACAUGAGAAGGCAUACUAGAAGAUGUAGAUCACCUUCAUUUCAAUGAUACUGUUGCGAUGCCGGUUGGAACUGCGUCCUGAAAGUCAAGGGACACAAUGAAGCACAUAUUGUCAUCGGGUACUCGCAGCACCUCUGCAAACGCGCUUUCACGAUAGAUGUCCCCGAAUUUGCAGCUGAUUUCUUGUUUUAGCUUUAUCUUUAUCAUGAAUGUACUACUUGUUGUUCGCUGGUCUAAGUACGACGACUGGUAGGCGGAAUCAAUGUAAUAGACCAUCUCUUUUCUCGAUGAGAGCACGGCUUGCUCAUGCAGGCAAAAGUAGCGUAUUACCCAGCCGCGUUUCAAUGUUCAUAGAUGUAAAGUUUUCUGUUACUAUAUAAAAGUGUUAUUUCGACCGAGAUAAUAUCGUUCUGUCUCCAUGCCGUCCCAAGUCAUUUUUGGAUCCAUGGUGUCGAUGCUGCGUCUUCAUAAUUAACGAACCCUGAAACAGCCUGUGCCACUCUCGAUGUUAAGAAGAGACAUUGUGAUACAAGACAACAUGAAGAAAGCACCAGUGACGAAAGCAUACAAGAAAAGCAACGAGGACGAGUUGACGUUGAAUAUUCUAUUAGACUGAUCGAAGCAAGAUCGAUGCGACGUCCACUGUGUCUGCACUGUACGGAUACAUUUUGGCGAUGGACCACCUAUUGUUCGUGUAUUUUUUGGUCUAGUGAUGGGCACGACAGAGUCAUUGGAUUGUGAAAUAUUGGGUAUAAGUCAUGGGUAGUAUGCAUUGACCCUGACCCUGUG